AUGACCCUGCCUCCUCUUCCCCAAAGCGCCGACAAGAGUGCCAUCUGCGCUCGACUUGGACUGAACGAACAUACACACAAAUUGCUACUCAACGAAGCCGUCUUUGCUCGAAACGCUUUGAGCUCGAAUUACCGCAGCCUGACCGAGCAAUCUAGAGCUGACCCUUCCGUGGCAGAGCCAUAUAGAUGGGACGAGAUAUCGGAAACUGCAAAGCAUUCGGAGAUUCUGAAGAUUGUCCGCGAUGCUUGCGCCGAGACCAGACCGUAUUAUGACAUGGGUCGUUACUGGACCCAGGUCAAUGAAGAGAACUGGGUUGCGAGGUGGUACCUUUGGCACAGUUUCCGCUACAGGUAG